GGCGUUAAUGAAAAAAUACGAAAAAUGGCGGAUGAUGAAGCUAUGGAUCAAAUUGAAUCAAACGAAUCGGGAGACGAAGGAGAUGAUAUGCAAGAUGAUAACAAUGAAUCUAUGACAGAUGUUAUGGAAACUCCAUCUUCCUCUCGGCGAAGAUCUCACUUGAGACCCCUCAAAAGAAAUCCCGCAAGAUUACGGAAGCCUAACCCUAGGAUAUUUGGAGACCCUGACGAUCCUCUGUUUACUUCGUAUCCCUCAUAUAAAAGAAAAUCGAAAAUGAAAGAUGAAAGAAAUUUAGCAAUGAGAGAUUCUAUUGGAUAUCACACUAGAAGUUCAGGAAGUAGUAAAUCCGUUGCUAACAAAAACGCAUCUCGUCUCCGCAAUCUUCUAAAACUACCAAAAGCCUCACGAUGGGUAUAUUGUGAAUUUUUCUACUCGACCAUAGAUCAUUCACUCUUCAAGGGCGAAAACGAUUUUUUGAUUUGUAUGCAAGAGUGUUUCCCUUACCUCAAUUUAAGUAAACUCACAAGAUCCCAAUGGGUUAUGAUGAGACGAAUGUUAGGAAAACCAAGGAGGUGUUCUCCUGCCUUUUUCGAUGAAGAACGAUCAGCUUUGCACAUGAGACGAAUGAAAGUGCGUUUGCUUCAAAACACAAAAUUAAAAGAAAUUGAUCAUUUAAAUGAUAUGCCGCCGAAUAUCCCUAUGCCAUUGGUUGUUGGUUCCAAAGUUACAGCGCGUCUUCGUACACCUUACGAUGGAAUAUAUACUGGAGUUAUUGAAGCCUUGGACACAAUAACACAUUCAUAUAGGAUUACUUUUGACCGUCCAGGCAUCGGCACAUUCUCCGUUCCAGAUUACGAAAUUCUACACGACUCUUCACAAGACUCGUUAUCUAUUAGUUCUUUCACUUUGAAAGUUCAAAAGGAAAAGGGCACUCCUCAGAUGGCGGCAAAGAGUAUGAUGAGCCCGACCUCUUUCUUGGAUGUUGAUUCUCCCCUUGGUGCGAAUCCUGAAAAUGAUCCCUUCAUGGGACAACCAGUAAUGGCAGAUAUAUUAAAAAAAGAGGCUGAAGAGCCUAUUCCUGACAUGCAAAAUUCACCUUUACCACCUGAGCUUAUUGAAAAAUUGAACGAAUUUGCAAAAGUGAUAGACACAAAGCAGAAGGUCCUAACAAGACAUCGAAUUAUCCAGAAGGAGAUAAUCGAAGCUGGAGAAUAUGCAACUUUCGAUGAAACUCUGAUGGGGAGAAGAAGCCAGUGCUUGUAUGAACUAGAAGUGCUAAAUUCUAACAUUUGUCCACUAAUUUGCAGUAUCGAUAAAUUAUUAUAUGAACGUCUUCCUGAUGAAGUUAAAGAAACAGCAACUCAAGUUCUCUUUCAUCAAAAGAGAUAUAUGGAUAAAGCUGAUAAAAUAUUUGAUCGUGUAAAGGGAAAAUCAAUCGCACCAACUCUUAUCACACAACAUCCGCAAAUUGUUGAACUCAUUAAACGACUAAGCACUAUUCAAAUGCAGAUGAGUGCGUUCCCAGGACGGAAGGCUCAAGCAGUCGAAAUUGCUGCCUUGCAAGAAUCAUUAGAAGCGACAAAACUCAUGCUAGAUCCAACUAAUAGAGUAAUCUUCGAAACCUCAGUUGAGAAAUAUGUUGAGAAGACACUUGGUAUUGCCAGCCCAGAGCCUCGAAAAAGACUCACUUUAAAACAAUAA